GCUCCAGACUGCUUCCUCUUUCUUCACUCUGAAGCCAGAAACAGGCCUGCAGAGCCCUUGGGAAAGUUGGGAGUGGAUUUCGGGAGCUCUUAGCCCAUCCACGUCCCCAGGCUAGGGUGGCCAAGUGCGGGCUGGAACCUCUUCCCUGCUUCAGAGGUGGCUGAGGGGUCACCUGGAGGCCUGCAGGAUGGAGGGGGUGCAUGAGAAGAAGCUGGCAUCUGUGUCCAACCUGGUGACUGUGUUUGAGAACAGCAGGACCCCAGGAGCCGUGUCCGGAGCCCACAGGCUGGAGGAUGAGCCUCACUGCCCAGGGAGCAGGCUUCCCCAGCCCCCGGGACCAUGGGAGAGGUCCAGCGUGGGGGAGACCCUGGAUUCUGGGCCCAGGACGGUUAGCAGGAGGUAUCUGAGCUCCCUGAAGAGCAAGCUGUCCAGUGGGGGCUGGAGGAAGUCCUGCCAGCCCAGGACCUGCCCCGGGAUGGAGACACAGGAGCCUGAGGAGAGGAGGAUUGUGCAGGAGCUGUUGGAGACGGAGCAGGCCUACGUGGCACGCCUCCACCUGCUGGACCAGGUGUUCUUUCAGGAACUGCUGAAGGCAGCCCGCAGCAGCAAGGCCUUCCCUGAGGACGUGGUCAGGCUCAUCUUCUCCAACAUCUCCUCCAUCCACCAGUUCCAUUCGCAGUUCUUCCUCCCAGAGCUGCAGCGGCGGCUGGACAACUGGACGACCACCCCCCGCAUCGGCUACGUGAUCCAGAAACUGGCUCCCUUCCUGAAGAUGUACAGUGAAUAUGUCAAGAACUUCCAGCGUGCUGCCGAGCUGCUGGCCACCUGGACCGACAAGUCCCCACUCUUUCAGGAGGUUGUCACCCGCAUCCAGAGCAGCGAGGCCUCCAGCAGCCUGACUCUGCAGCAUCACAUGUUGGAACCUGUGCAGAGAAUUCCACGCUACGAGCUACUGCUCAAGGAGUAUGUCCAGAAGCUGCCAGCCCAGGCCCCAGACCGGGCUGACGCCCAGAAAGCCCUGGACAUGAUCUUCUCAGCUGCUCAGCACUCCAACGCAGCCAUCACCGAGAUGGAGCGGCUGCAGGACCUGUGGGAGGUGUACCAGCGCCUGGGGCUUGACGACGACAUAGUGGACCCUUCCAACACCCUGCUCCGCGAGGGCCCCGUCCUCAAGAUCUCCUUCCGCCGCAGCGACCCCCUGGAGCGCUACCUUUUCUUGUUCAACAACAUGCUGCUGUACUGCGUGCCCAGAGUCAUCCAGGUGGGCGCCCACUUCCAGGUGAGGACCCGCAUCGACGUGGCCGGAAUGAAGGUGCGGGAGCUGGCUGAUGCGGAGUUCCCCCACUCCUUCCUGGUGUCCGGAAAGCAGCGCACCCUGGAGCUGCAAGCCCGGUCCCAGGAGGAAAUGAUUUCCUGGAUGCAGGCCUGCCAAGCAGCCAUAGACCAAAUUGAAAAGCGGAAUGAAACUUUCAAGGCUGCGGUCCAAGGGCCCGAGGGAGAAGCCCAGGAGCGGGAGCUGCAGUCGGAGGAGCUGGGCCUCCGGGCGCCGCAGUGGGUCCGGGACAAGAUGGUGACCAUGUGCAUGCGCUGCCAAGAGCCCUUCACCGCACUCACGCGCCGGCGCCACCACUGCCGGGCCUGCGGCUACGUGGUUUGUGCCAGGUGCUCCGACUACCGGGCUGAGCUGAAAUACGACGACAACAGGCCCAACCGAGUCUGCCUCAAAUGCUACACGUUCCUCACCGGAAACGUGCUCCCCGAGGACAAGGAGGACAAGAGGCACGGCAUCCUGGAGAAAGGGUCCUUGGCAGGGUCUGAACACAGUCUGAUGUGCAGCUUCCUGCAGCUCCUCGGGGAUAAGUGGGGCAAGAGUGGCCCCCGGGGCUGGUGUGUGAUCCCCCGGGACGACCCACUCGUGCUCUACGUCUACGCCGCCCCUCAGGACAUGCGGGCUCACACCUCCAUCCCCCUGCUGGGCUACCAGGUGACAGCUGGGCCCCCAGCAGACCCCCGGGUCUUCCACCUGCAACAGUCAGGCCAGCUCUACACCUUCAAGGCCGAGACAGAGGAGCUGAGGGGCCGCUGGGUGCAGGCCAUGAAGCAGGCAGCCAGAGGCUGGAGCCCUGGGGACCUCCCCGGGGACCUGUCUGACUGAGGCACAGCAGGUCACCCCCCUGCCCACAUCCCCUCACCAUGCUGCCCACUCAGAGCCUGCUCCCGUGGCCUCCAUGACCCCCCCCCCAAGCUAUGUUUUCAAAUAAUCCAUUUCCAGUCA